CGCCGGGCCCAGCCCCAGUCCCAACCCCAGUCCCAACCCCAGCCGGGCCCGUCCCGUGCGGGUCUAGUGCAGCCCCCUCAGCUUGUGACACCCGGGGCCGCCUGUACGCCCGCCACCAUGGAGCUGGAGGACGGUGUGGUGUACCAGGAGGAGCCCGGCGGCUCCGGGGCCGUGAUGUCGGAGCGGGUGUCCGGCCUGGCUGGCUCCAUUUACCGCGAGUUCGAGCGGCUGAUCGGACGCUAUGACGAAGAGGUGGUCAAGGAGCUGAUGCCACUGGUGGUGGCCGUACUGGAGAACCUGGACUCGGUGUUCGCGCAGGACCAGGAGCACCAGGUGGAGCUGGAGCUGCUGCGGGACGACAACGAGCAGCUCAUCACCCAGUACGAGCGGGAGAAGGCGCUGCGCAAGCACGCGGAGGAGAAAUUCAUUGAAUUUGAAGACUCUCAAGAACAGGAAAAAAAGGAUUUACAGACCCGAGUGGAAUCUUUAGAAUCUCAAACAAGACAACUUGAACUCAAAGCAAAAAACUAUGCUGACCAGAUUAGCAGACUUGAAGAAAGAGAAGCAGAAUUGAAGAAGGAAUAUAAUGCAUUACAUCAAAGACAUACUGAGAUGAUCCAUAAUUAUAUGGAACACUUAGAAAGAACAAAACUUCAUCAGCUCUCAGGGAGUGAUCAACUAGAGUCCACAGCUCAUAGUAGAAUUAGAAAAGAACGCCCUAUAUCACUAGGGCUUUUCCCAUUACCUGCUGGAGAUGGGUUGCUUACACCUGAUACUCAGAAAGGCGGAGAGACCCCUGGAUCAGAGCAAUGGAAAUUUCAGGAAUUAAGUCAGCCACGUUCUCAUACCAGCCUGAAGGAUGAACUUUCUGAUGUUAGCCAAGGAGGAUCGAAAGCUACCACUCCAGCUUCAACAGCUGCUUCAGAUGUGGCUGCACUUCCUACUGAUACUCCCUUAAAGGAAGACAACGAAGGUUUUGUGAAAGUUGCAGAUACACCAAAUAAGUCAGAGAUAAGCAAGCAUAUUGAAGUACAGGUAGCCCAAGAAACUAGAAAUGUAUCAACAGGCUCUGCUGAAAAUGAAGAGAAGUCAGAAGUUCAAGCAAUCAUCGAAUCCACUCCUGAGUUGGAUAUGGAUAAAGAUCUCAGUGGAUAUAAAGGCUCAAGCACUCCCACCAAAGGCAUAGAGAACAAAGCUUUUGACCGCAAUACAGAAUCUCUCUUUGAAGAAUUGUCUUCAGCUGGCUCGGGCCUAAUUGGAGAUGUGGAUGAAGGAGCAGAUUUACUAGGAAUGGGCCGUGAAGUCGAGAAUCUGAUAUUAGAAAAUACACAACUGUUGGAAACCAAAAAUGCAUUGAAUGUAGUGAAGAAUGAUUUGAUAGCAAAAGUAGAUGAACUGACCUGUGAGAAAGAUGUGCUACAAGGGGAACUGGAGGCUGUAAAGCAAGCCAAACUGAAGCUGGAGGAAAAGAACAAAGAACUGGAGGAAGAGCUGAGGAAAGCUCGUGCAGAAGCCGAAGAUGCAAGGCAAAAAGCAAAAGAUGAUGAUGAUAGUGAUAUUCCCACAGCCCAGAGGAAGCGGUUUACUAGAGUAGAAAUGGCCCGUGUUCUAAUGGAGAGAAACCAGUAUAAAGAGAGAUUAAUGGAGCUUCAGGAAGCUGUACGAUGGACGGAGAUGAUUCGAGCAUCAAGAGAAAAUCCAGCCAUGCAGGAAAAAAAAAGGUCAAGCAUUUGGCAGUUUUUCAGCCGACUUUUUAGCUCCUCAAGUAAUACUACUAAGAAGCCUGAACCACCUGUUAAUCUGAAGUAUAAUGCACCCACCUCUCAUGUUACUCCUUCUGUCAAGAAAAGAAGCAGCACCUUAUCUCAGCUCCCUGGGGAUAAGUCCAAAGCUUUUGAUUUCCUUAGCGAAGAAACUGAAGCUAGUUUAGCCUCACGCAGAGAACAAAAAAGAGAACAGUAUCGUCAGGUAAAGGCACACGUUCAGAAGGAAGAUGGUAGAGUGCAGGCUUUUGGUUGGAGUCUGCCUCAAAAGUACAAACAGGUAACCAAUGGCCAAGGGGAAAAUAAGAUGAAAAAUUUACCUGUGCCUGUCUAUCUCAGACCUCUUGAUGAAAAAGACGCAUCAAUGAAGCUGUGGUGUGCUGUUGGAGUCAAUUUAUCUGGUGGGAAGACGAGAGAUGGUGGUUCUGUUGUUGGAGCAAGUGUAUUUUACAAGGAUGUUGCUGGUUUGGAUACAGAAGGCAGUAAACAGCGAAGUGCAUCUCAGAGUAGUUUAGACAAGCUGGAUCAGGAACUUAAGGAACAGCAGAAGGAGUUGAAAAAUCAAGAAGAAUUAUCUAGUCUAGUCUGGAUCUGUACCAGUACUCAUUCAGCUACAAAAGUUAUCAUUAUUGAUGCUAUUCAACCAGGCAACAUCCUAGACAGUUUCACUGUUUGCAACUCUCAUGUUCUGUGUAUAGCAAGUGUACCAGGAGCACGAGAAACAGACUAUCCUGCAGGAGAAGAGCUUUCAGAAUCUGGACAGGUAGAUAAAGCAUCUUUGUGUGGAAGCAUGACAAGCAAUAGCUCAGCAGAAACAGACAGCCUGUUGGGAGGCAUCACAGUGGUUGGUUGUUCAGCAGAAGGUGUGACAGCAGCUGCCACUUCCCCUAGUACCAACGGUGCUUCUCCAGUGAUGGAAAAACCACCAGAAAUGGAAGCAGAAAGUAGUGAGGUUGAUGAAAAUGUUCCAACAGCAGAAGAAGCAACUGAAGCCACAGAAGGCAAUGCAGGGUCAACUGAAGACACUGUGGACAUCUCCCAAACAGGCGUGUACACAGAGCACGUCUUUACAGAUCCUUUGGGAGUUCAAAUCCCAGAAGACCUCUCACCAGUGUAUCAGUCAAGUAAUGACUCAGAUGUGUAUAAAGAUCAAAUAUCAUUAUUGCCAAAUGAACAAGACCUGGUGAGAGAAGAAGCCCAGAAAAUGAGUAGCCUUUUACCAACUAUGUGGCUUGGAGCUCAGAAUGGCUGUUUGUAUGUCCAUUCAUCUGUAGCCCAGUGGAGGAAAUGUCUCCAUUCUAUUAAACUUAAAGAUUCCAUUCUCAGUAUUGUACAUGUGAAAGGAAUUGUGUUAGUGGCCCUGGCGGAUGGCACCCUUGCAAUCUUUCACAGAGGAGUUGAUGGGCAGUGGGAUUUGUCAAACUAUCACCUGUUAGAUCUUGGACGGCCUCACCAUUCCAUCCGAUGCAUGACUGUGGUACAUGACAAAGUCUGGUGCGGCUAUAGGAACAAAAUCUACGUGGUUCAGCCAAAGGCCAUGAAAAUAGAGAAAUCAUUUGAUGCACACCCCAGGAAGGAGAGCCAAGUGCGGCAGCUUGCAUGGGUGGGUGAUGGUGUGUGGGUCUCCAUUCGUUUGGACUCCACACUCCGUCUCUAUCAUGCACACACUUAUCAACAUCUCUCUAGUGUCUCAAUAAAAUGUUUUCCCCCUGCUGUUACAGGUACUGGAAAACUGGGCUUCUCUUUUGUGAGGAUCACAGCUCUUAUGGUGUCUUGUAAUCGUCUGUGGGUGGGGACAGGAAAUGGUGUCAUUAUUUCCAUCCCACUGACAGAAACCGUAAUCCUCCACCAGGGACGUUUACUGGGGCUCAGGGCAAAUAAAACCUCAGGAGCACCGGGAAAUCGUCCUGGUAGUGUGAUCCGCGUAUAUGGUGAUGAAAACAGCGAUAAAGUGACUCCAGGGACAUUUAUACCCUAUUGUUCAAUGGCACAUGCACAGCUUUGCUUCCAUGGGCAUCGGGAUGCUGUGAAAUUCUUUGUGGCAGUCCCAGGUCAAGUCAUCAGCCCACAAAGUGGCAGUAGUGGCACAGAUCUAAUGGGUGACAAAGCAGGGCCAUCUGCACAGGAACCUGGCAGCCAGACACCCUUGAAGUCUAUGCUUGUCAUCAGUGGAGGAGAGGGCUACAUUGACUUCCGGAUGGGUGAUGAAGGUGGAGAAUCAGAACUUCUUGGAGAGGAUCUUCCACUCGAACCUUCUGUUGCCAAAGCGGAAAGGAGUCACUUGAUAGUGUGGCAAGUGAUGUAUGGCAGUGAGUGAGCCCAUGGGACACAGGUGGAGACGGAGAAGCUGUCUCUUCUGCAUGGUUUCUUUUCCCUUUUCUUCUUUAUUUAAUGCUCUCUUUGUGAAAUAAUUUUCACCACAUAAUGUGUGAGCAUUUUUUUCCUGUUAACUUUACAAAAUCUGUCUUACCGUAAUAAUACAGGAACUAGCUGUUUUACUGCACCAGUGUUAUAGGCAAUUUCAGUAUAUUGUGAACAAAUCAAAGAAUGUUUACUUUCUGCAGACUGGUGAAUUAUAGAAAGCAAUCCAGAUGUGGUUUAUUCUGCCACAGCUAAUGUCGCUCACUUUGUUAGAUGGGAUCACUUUUUAGCUGUCACUAAUAAUGGAAUUAAUGGAAACACUUGAUAAAUGAAACUGUACCAUUAAGUACAAUAGUUAAGUUUUCCCGAAUGUAUUAUAAAAUUGACACAAACUAAUAUCAGGUGGAUUAUCAGGAUUUAUCUAAAUGUCCCGAGAAGGUUAAAAGCUAACUGUAAAUUACUUUAAUUUUCACUUUCAAAUCUGACAAAUCUUGUUUAUAUGGUAUAUAAAACUUUGUUUUCAUCAGAUUUGGGGGGUUUUAUAUUAAAGAAAUUAAGACUACACUAUUUAAAUAAAAGUUUCCUGUUUCUGACUUAGAGCUCUAAAGUUUAUGAGGCCUGCUUCUCUGAAUAUUCUGAUUUUUUUAAGACUAGUUUUACUCAUUUUCAUACUGACAUGUCUGAAAGGUUUAUACCUAGAAGGCUUAGAAGAUAGAUGUCAGCAAUGGGAGGAUUUUUUUUUUUUUUUUUUUUAAGGAAUUGUGUUUUGGAGUCCUCGUACCAGCGGAUGGUGGUGGUUGGUUGAGUUUUUUCCAUGUAAGAAAUUCACCUGUUUACCAGUUGUUCUUGGAUUGCUCUUACUAGUUAAGAGUAAAGCAGUAGUGGUGAUGGAAUGUGGCCGAACUGACUGAGGGAUUUGAUUGGAAACGGUAUUUUUUUCUUGUUAAACUACAGAACAGCUUGCACUUGAUAUUUUGUAUGUAAAUGACACAUUUGAGCUUUUAUGCCCUUUUGAGAUUAAAAUGCCAUCUUCAAAGAGGAAAACUUAUGAUGGCGAAGAGGACAAAGCUAAGGUACCAUAGAGUAAAAGUUGAUAUGACAUCUUUUCACUCACAACACCCAUUUAAAAAAUAGUCUGGGCCUGAUUUCCUUGUUUAAUAAGUUUUUGAAAAACCAUUGUGCUUCAGUUUUUCCCCCCUCAAGCCUCUCGAAAAUGUGUGAUUUACCAUUUUUUACUCAUUACUUUAAGCAAAGCUAAAUAUAAAAAUAAGUGCUAUUUUAAAAAUAUAAACCUAUUAAAGACCCCUUAUCAGAAGGACUACUUAAAGGAAAGAAAACAAACACAGGUCUCAGAUUGUCUACGCAUUUGUAAGUACCAGAGAUUUUUUUCUUGAACUAUCAUUCUAAGAUAUUUGUAAAAAGUACACCAGUGAGUUUUAAGCACAUAUAUGAUUUGGCUAGCUUAUAAAACACAUGAGAUUCAAUGAGCCAGAGGAGGCUUUGGAUCCGUUUGGCCACAUGUGUCUAUAAGCACAUUGUGUACCCAGUAAAAUUAUGGCCACUUUUAGAUGGCUGGAAGGAAAAAACCUUUGGUAAAAGCUGUAUAAAAGGAUGAUGUUUUACUUGAGCUACGUACAUUUCUUCAGGGCACCAAAACUUAGGCCACUUUUUCAUAACAUAAGCUAUGCUUUUAUUUCAUUUUAAAUAUGAGUCAUUUUUGGCAAUACCUUAAAUGAUCAACAUUCUUAAACAUUUUUAGGAAUGCUGUAUGAACUCACAAGAACGACACACCAAAGUGUCUGGGAAUUAUAAUCCCAGAGUCGCACCCCAUUUGCUGUUCAGUCUUUUAUAGUUUGUAUGACCAAAUGUAGGAAAUUAGGAGACAAAGAUGAGAAAUGCAGACAAACAUGUUACAAUGGUUGUAAUUACUCAUUAAACUUACUGAUAUUAAGAAUAUAGGUGUGUAGCUAUUGUAUCUAAAACUGUCAGAUUAUCUGUGGCCCUGUUAAUUUCAGGGACUAGAGAGAGUACAAUAAUGCUGUACCAUUUGUUUUAAGGGCUUGUCCUCAUGUUUAUAAUUUCAGUAAAGUAUUUUCUACUGAUUGCUUUACUUCCUCCUAUUCCCCAAUAACAGGUUUAUAUUCUUGUAACAUUCACUUUGGUCAAGAUGGUAACCCUUGGAGAAAAUGCCAAAAUGUAAGCUUCUUGCAAACUGCAAAGCGGUUAGUAUAAACUGCCUAUAGCUAGCACAUCAAGGGCAGAGAAGAGGCUUGAGUACCACGGAUUGGUCUCUCCAUGGUUUAAAAAAAAAAAAAAAAAUUUACUCCUAUUGGAAGAAAUAAGGGAUACAUGAGAAUUUUCUUAUUUUGUUACGCUUGGGUUAUGUAUGAGGUUGAACCAUGUGAUCUGAUGGUGAUCUACAAAAAUGGCGGUAUCAUAGACAUUAACCUAAUGCUUAGUAUUAACUGCAGGUUAAAAUCCCUGUGAGGCAAAGGGAGAAUAUUUUCUAGGGACUCGGUUUUGAGAGUGUUUUUCUCUAAUUCGUGUGGAUCUAAAUUUUAAAAAUUGGAAUGAAUACCUUAAUAGCUGCAGCUUGUCGAGAGUGUAAAACAUUUUGAGCACAAAAUAUGCAGCACAUAACUUUUCCAAUUGUGUUUGCAUAGAAAGGGUUAAAAUACAUUCUCCAGUUGCUGUAUUGUUCCUUUCUUUUAAAGGUCUUCCUAUAUUUGAGAAUAGACCCUUUAACAGUGGCUGCCUUAGAAACAAAACAAAAGAAAACAAUCGUCUCAUAAUAUUAACUGUACUAAAGAAUGUAUGUCAUGCAACCGCUAUGGAACUGAAUAUUUCCUUGUGAGUAUUAUGACCGUUACCAAAGGACUCCACCAGAUUUAGGGCUCUUCUUAGUUGAUCAUGUUGAGAAAGGGACUCAUUGGUCCCAGUUUGUAACAUGAGAAGAGUAGAGGAGAGGGAAUUAAAUGUGGAAAUCAUAAAUGCUUUUCUAACAGGGUUAUACUGUUUUAUAACACAAAAUUUCAUUUUCUUUCUCUUUAAAAAAUUAAGUUUUUAUUAUUAAUGUUGUCAUGUUUCUCAAUAUUUGAAUAUAGUGUAACCAUUUUAUGUUCUGAAUUUGUUUUUUGUCCUAGACAUUUUAUCCAGAAUUUUACUUGCCUCUAUAAUCUGAAAAAUGGUUCUUGCUGUCUGUUAGAGGCUGAGGCUUCAUUUCUAUGAGCAAAAAGCUCAUUUAGCAAUGUAGUUAUUUCAGUAUUUAUUUCUAUUAUGGAAUCCCUGGGGUUCGGAAUGUAACUUUGUACAUGAAAUAUAUAUAAAUAUGUAUAUGAAA